UUGGCGGCAAAUAUAUAUUUACAUUUAUUUUAUUUAUUAUUGCGAGGCAGCACGGAAAUGGCAGAAUCCGGAAAAGGAAAAGUGCUGCAGAAUACCGGUAAAUUCGUGAGCGAGAACCGUACAGAAGGCGACGACUUCUUCAAUGAGGCGGGCUAUCGUCAAUCCCGGGAGAACGACAAAAUCGACUCGAAAUAUGGCUUCGAUCGGGUUAAGGAUAGUCAGGAGCGGACGGGCUAUCUCAUCAACAUGCAUUCGAACGAGGUGUUGGAUGAGGAUAGAAGACUCAUCGCUGCCCUGGAUCUGUUCUUCAUCCAAAUGGAUGGUUCCCGCUUCAAAUGCACGGUGGCCUAUCAACCGUAUUUGCUUGUCCGUCCGGAGGACAAUAUGCACCUGGAAGUGGCUCGCUUUCUGGGUCGCAAGUAUUCCGGGCAGAUCUCCAGCCUGAAGCACAUCAGCAAAGAGGAUCUGGAUCUGCCGAAUCAUCUGUCAGGCCUGCAGCAGCAGUACAUAAAGCUGUCCUUCCUGAAUCAAACAGCCAUGACCAAAGUCCGGAGGGAACUAAUGGCCGCCGUGAGGAGAAACCAGGAGCGCCAGAAAUCAAACACCUACUACAUGCAAAUGCUGGCCACCUCGUUGGCCCAAUCCUCUGCCGGCUCCGAGGACUCCACGCUGGCCAAGAGGCAGCAGGAUUACAUGGACUGCAUUGUGGACAUAAGGGAGCACGAUGUGCCCUACCACGUUAGAGUGUCCAUAGAUCUGCGCAUUUUCUGCGGUCAGUGGUAUAACAUCAGGUGCAGGAGUGGUGUGGAAUUGCCCACCAUCACCUGUCGACCGGAUAUCCUGGACAGACCCGAACCCGUGGUUCUGGCCUUCGACAUAGAAACCACCAAGCUGCCCCUCAAGUUUCCCGAUGCCCAAACGGACCAGGUCAUGAUGAUCUCCUACAUGAUCGAUGGACAGGGCUAUCUGAUCACCAAUCGGGAGAUAAUCUCCUCGAAUGUAGAUGACUUCGAGUACACACCCAAGCCGGAAUUCGAGGGAAACUUUAUUGUGUUCAACGAGGAGAACGAGAUGCAGUUGCUGCAGCGCUUUUUCGAUCACAUCAUGGAGGUGCGUCCGCACAUUAUAGUGACAUACAAUGGUGAUUUCUUCGACUGGCCCUUUGUGGAGACGCGCGCUGCUGUCUACGAUCUGGAUAUGAAGCAGGAGAUUGGCUUCUCCAAGCUGCGGGAAGGUAACUACCUGUGCCGUCCUUGCAUACACAUGGAUUGCCUGUGCUGGGUGAAGAGAGAUUCCUAUCUACCCGUUGGAUCCCAAGGUCUGAAGGCAGUGGCCAAGGCCAAAUUGCGUUACGAUCCCGUCGAGCUGGAUCCCGAGGACAUGUGCCGCAUGGCCGUGGAGCAGCCCCAAGUGCUGGCCAAUUACUCUGUCUCAGAUGCUGUGGCCACCUACUAUCUCUACAUGAAGUAUGUGCAUCCGUUUAUCUUCGCCUUAAAUACAAUUAUUCCCAUGGAACCGGAUGAGAUCCUGAGAAAGGGUUCCGGCACUCUAUGUGAGACUUUGCUGAUGGUGGAGGCCUAUCAUGCCCAGAUUGUGUAUCCCAACAAGCAUCAGACCGAGCUGAACAAGCUCUCCAACGAGGGACAUGUCUUGGAUUCGGAAACCUAUGUGGGUGGCCAUGUGGAGGCCUUGGAAUCGGGUGUAUUUCGGGCGGAUAUACCCUGCCGUUUUCGUCUGGAUCCUGCGAUGGUCAAGCAACUUCAGGACCAGGUGGAUGCAGUGCUGCGCCACGCCAUCGAAGUGGAGGAGGGAAUUCCCCUCGAGAAAGUUUUAAAUCUGGAUGAAGUGCGCCAGGAGAUUGUUCAGGGAUUGCAGGGCCUGCACGAUAUACCCAAUCGCUUAGAGCAGCCUGUCAUCUACCAUUUGGAUGUGGGUGCCAUGUACCCCAACAUCAUCCUCACCAAUCGCCUGCAGCCUUCGGCAAUGGUAAGUGAUUUGGAUUGCGCUGCCUGCGACUUUAACAAGCCGGGAGUUCGCUGCAAACGCUCCAUGGACUGGCUGUGGCGCGGAGAGAUGCUGCCCGCCUCGAGGAACGAGUUCCAGCGCAUCCAGCAGCAGCUGGAAACGGAGAAGUUUCCACCCCUCUUCCCCGGUGGACUGCAACGCGCCUUUCACGAGCUCUCCAAGGAGGAUCAGGCGGCGUAUGAGAAGAAACGCCUCACGGACUACUGCCGCAAGGCCUACAAGAAGACCAAGGUGACGAAACUGGAGACGCGUAAUUCCACCAUCUGCCAGAAGGAGAACAGCUUCUAUGUGGACACGGUUCGAGCCUUUCGAGAUCGCCGCUACGAGUACAAGGGCCUCACGAAAGUGGCGAAGGCAUCGGUCAAUGCGGCCGUGGCUUCUGGCGAUGCGGCUGAGAUUAAGGCCGCCAAGGGCAGGGAAGUGCUCUACGAUUCGUUGCAGUUGGCCCACAAGUGCAUCCUCAACUCCUUCUACGGCUAUGUGAUGCGGAGAGGAGCCCGCUGGCAUUCCAUGCCCAUGGCGGGCAUUGUGUGCCUUACCGGUUCCAAUAUCAUCACCAAAGCCAGGGAAAUCAUCGAGCGAGUGGGUCGUCCGCUGGAACUGGACACUGAUGGUAUCUGGUGUAUAUUACCUGGUUCCUUUCCGCAGGAGUUCACCAUUCACACGAGCCAUGAGAAAAAAAAGAAGAUCAAUAUUUCCUAUCCCAAUGCCGUGCUGAAUACCAUGGUCAAGGACCAUUUCACCAACGAUCAGUACCACGAGUUGAGGACGGAUAAGGAGGAUAAUCUACCCAAAUACGAUAUACGCGAUGAGAACUCAAUUUUCUUUGAGGUGGAUGGGCCCUACUUGGCCAUGGUUUUACCAGCAUCCAAGGAGGAGGGCAAGAAGCUUAAGAAGAGAUAUGCCGUCUUUAAUUUCGAUGGUUCACUGGCCGAACUCAAGGGAUUCGAGGUGAAGCGACGCGGUGAACUGCAGCUGAUCAAGAAUUUCCAGAGUUCCGUAUUCGAAGCUUUCCUGGCGGGCAGCACACUUGAGGAAUGCUAUGCAUCGGUGGCCAAGGUGGCGGACUACUGGCUGGAUGUCCUCUACAGCAGGGGAUCCAAUCUGCCGGACUCCGAGCUCUUCGAACUGAUUGCGGAGAACAAGAGCAUGUCCAAAAAGCUGGAGGAGUAUGGGGCUCAGAAGAGUACCUCUAUAUCAACGGCAAAGCGAUUGGCCGAGUUCCUGGGCGAGCAGAUGGUCAAGGAUGCGGGUCUGGCCUGCAAGUACAUAAUAUCCAAGAAACCCGAAGGAGCUCCCGUCACCGAGAGGGCCAUUCCCUUGGCCAUUUUCCAAUCCGAACCGAGUGUUAGGCGCCAUCACCUGCGUCGCUGGCUUAAGGAUAACACCAUGGGCGAUGCGGACAUUCGAGAUGUGCUCGAUUGGAACUACUACAUAGAGCGGUUGGGUGGCACCAUCCAGAAGAUCAUCACCAUUCCAGCAGCGCUGCAGGGUUUGGCCAACCCGGUGCCCAGGGUGCAGCAUCCCGACUGGUUGCACAAGAAAAUGUUGGAGAAGAAUGAUGUGCUGAAGCAGCGCCGCAUCAACGAGAUGUUCACCAGCAGACCCAAGCCGAAACCCUUGGCCACCGAGGAGGAUAAGUUGGCGGACAUGGAAGACAUGGCUGGCAGAGAUGGCGGCGAGGAUGCCGCAGGUCGUCCCAUGGUCACAAAAAGGAAACGGGUUCAGCUGGAGGAGAACGACGCGGAGGAGGAGGAGGCGCAGCCAAAGCCCACCACUUGGCGUCAGGCUCUGGGCGCACCACCACCCAUAGGAGAAACCAGGAAGACCAUUGUGGAGUGGGUGAGAUUCCAGAAGAAGAAAUGGAAGUGGCAGCAGGAUCAGCGCCAGCGGACUCGCCAAGCCAGCAAGCGAACGCGAAACGAUGAUCCUCCCGUGGUGAGGGCCCCAGGACCCACAGCUACCUUGGGUGGCUUUCUGAGACGAGCACAGCGUACGUUGUUGGACCAACCGUGGCAGAUCCUGCAACUGGUGCCCAUCGAUGAUCUGGGACACUUUACCGUGUGGGCUUUGAUAGGCGAAGAGCUGCACAGGAUCAAGUUGACGGUGCCCAGGAUUUUCUAUGUCAAUCAACGGAGUGCAGCUCCCCCGGAGGAGGGUCAAUUGUGGCGCAAGGUUAAUCGAGUUCUGCCCCGAUCCAGACCCGUCUUCAAUCUCUACAGGUACAGUGUGCCGGAGAAGCUUUUCCGCGAUAAUUCGCUGGGUAUGCUGGCGGAUCUGGCCACGCCCGAUAUCGAGGGCAUCUACGAGACGCAGAUGACCCUGGAGUUCCGAGCCCUCAUGGACAUGGGCUGCAUUUGCGGCGUGCAGCGCCAGGAGGCAAGCCGUUUGGCCCAACUGGCCACCAAGGAUCUGGAGAACUUCAGCAUCGAGCAGCUGGAGCAGCGCCCUCAGACACAAGUCAAGUAUCUGGCAAGUGCCAGCAACCGACUGCGCAAGAUCUACCUGUACCAGCACAACACGCCAACGGCCAAGAAGGAGAUGUGGUCCCUGAUCCUGAUGCCCAGCAAGAAGGCCUACAUCUUCGCCCUGGACACGGUGCGCGCCAACCAGAUGCCCAACAUGAGGCAACUGUAUGCCGCCGAGCGUUUGGCGCUGCUCAAGAAUCUGACUGCCGAAGAGCAGGCGAAGAUCCCCGUGGAGGACUACACCUUUGAGGUUAUCAUAGAGGUGGAUGUAAAGCAGAUUUACCGGCACAUCCAGCGCGCUCUGACCACCUACAAGCAGGAGCACCAGGGACCCACCAUUCUGUGCCUGCAAACGGCGCUGGAGGCGCGCAAACUCAGCCUGGCCAUGCCCAUUCUGCUAGAGUUCCCCCAGGCCCAGAUCCACAUCUCCGACGAUGCCAGCCUGCUGUCCGGCUUGGACUGGCAGCGUCAGGGUUCCAGAGCGGUGGUCCGUCACUUCCUGAAUCUGAACAAUGUGCUCGAUUUGAUGCUGGACCAGUGUCGCUACUUUCAUGUGCCCAUUGGCAAUAUGCCGCCGGAUACAGUGCUGUUCGGAGCGGAUCUUUUCUUCGCCCGCCUGCUGCAGCGGCACAACUUUGUGCUGUGGUGGUCGGCCAGUACCAGGCCGGAUUUGGGUGGCCGGGAGGCGGAUGACAGUCGACUGUUGGCGGAAUUCGAGGAGAGCAUCAGUGUGGUGCAGAACAAAGCCGGUUUCUAUCCGGAUGUUUGCGUGGAACUUGCCCUCGACAGUCUGGCGGUGAGUGCUCUGCUCCAAUCUGCGCGGAUUCAGGAAAUGGAAGGCGCCUCCUCGGCCAUUACCUUUGAUGUGAUGCCCCAGGCCUCGCUGGAGGAAAUGAUUGGCACCGUUCCGGCGGCCACGUUGCCAAGCUAUGAUGAGACGGCCCUCUGCUCGGCUGCCUUCCGCGUGAUGCGCUCCAUGGUGAAUGGCUGGCUGCGGGAGGUGUCCAUCAACAGGAACAUCUUCUCCGACUUCCAGAUUGUCCACUUCUAUCGGUGGGUGCGCUCCAGCAAUGCCCUACUGUAUGAUCCUGCGCUGAGACGAUCCCUCAACAAUCUCAUGAGGAAAAUGUUCCUGCGCAUUAUAGCGGAGUUCAAGAGACUGGGCGCCACCAUUGUGUAUGCGGACUUUAACAGGAUCAUCCUGAGUUCCGGCAAGAAAUCCGUCUCCGAUGCCCUGGGCUAUGUCGAUUACAUUGUGCAGAGCUUGAGGAACAAGGAGAUGUUCCACUCCAUCCAGCUGAGCUUUGAGCAGUGCUGGAACUUCAUGCUCUGGAUGGACCAGGCCAAUUUCUCUGGAAUAAGGGGCAAGCUACCGAAGGGUAUUGAUGAGACGGUCUCCUCCAUUGUUUCCACUACCAUGCGACGGGAUCCGGAACGCAAUGAAGACGAGGAGGAGGAGGACGAAGAGGAGGAUUUGGAAAACCGAGAUCCAGUUGAAGGCAACGAACCGGAGCAGGAUCAGGAGGAUGAGCUAUCGCUAGAGCUCAACUGGACUAUUGGCGAGCACCUGCCCGAUGAGAACGAGUGUCGGGAGAAGUUUGAAUCCCUCUUAACCCUGUUUAUGCAAUCCCUGGCCGAAAGGAAGACCACGGAGCAGGCCAUCCGCGACAUAUCACACUGCGCCUUCGACUUCAUCCUUAAGCUGCACAAGAACUACGGCAAGGGCAAGCCCAGUCCGGGACUGGAGCUCAUUCGCACGCUGAUCAAGGCGUUGAGUGUGGACAAGACACUGGCGGAGCAGAUCAACGAGCUGCGACGGAAUAUGCUGCGCCUGGUGGGCAUCGGUGAGUUCUCGGACAUGGCCGAGUGGGAGGAUCCCUGCGACAGCCACAUCAUCAACGAGGUCAUCUGCAAGGCCUGCAAUCACUGCAGGGAUCUGGAUCUCUGCAAGGAUAAGCAUCGUGCCAUGAAGGAUGGAGUACCCGUUUGGCUUUGUGCCCAGUGCUAUGUGGCCUAUGACAACGAGGAGAUCGAGAUGCGAAUGUUGGACGCGCUGCAGCGCAAGAUGAUGUCUUAUGUGCUGCAGGACUUGCGCUGUGCUCGCUGUAGCGAAAUCAAGCGCGAGAAUCUGGCCGAGUUUUGCACCUGCGCCGGCAACUUUGUGCCCCUCAUCAGCGGCAAGGACAUCCAAAUUCUGCUCGGUACAUUCAGCAAGGUUGCUGCAAACCAUAAGAUGCAGUUGCUCCAGCAGACAGUCCAUCAGGCACUGAACACGCCGCGAUAAGAUGUUGUUAAUUUGUAGUAUGUAGGAUCUAAUUAUAAGUCUUACUUCUAAUAAAUAU